AUGCUCAAUACACCAUCUUCUGGUCUCGCCAUUCAAGACCAUAAUUCCGCAUUUAUAAAUGAAACCGACCAACCACUUCUCCGCCUUCCCCUCGAACUUCUCCGCAAAAACUUCAAAGUUGUGCACUUUAACCUCGAAAAAGAAAGUGCCAGCGUAAAAGCCACACUCCGCGAAACCACCGACGCAUCUCUAAAUCAAAAUGCCUCUCCGGACGAUAUUCUCAAAAAUGUUGAUUCCAUGUUAUCCCGGAUGCGAGGUCUAAAGAGGAAACUACAAUCAUGCGCCGAAGAAGAGAAGAGACUUCAGGAACAAUCCGCGGCGAGGAUAAAGCAUUUGAGUGCUUUAUAUGAGAUGAAGAGUUUGGACGAUGUGAAAUAUGAAGAAUGGAGUCGGACACGACUGGAUCGUUUAUUAGUGGAUUAUUUAUUGCGGAAUGGCUAUAAAGAUAGUGCGACUGCUUUGGCGAAAGAGAAGAAUAUUGGACAAUUGGUUGAUGUGGAAACUUUUGUCCAGAUGAGUAGGAUUAGAGAUAGUCUUUGCAAUGGCAAAGUUGCUGAAGCACUGGCGUGGUGUUCGGAGAAUAAGAAAGAAUUGAGGAAGAUGGAGAGUAACCUCGAAUUUAUGCUUCGUUUUCAACAAUAUGUCGAGUUAGUACGAACACAGGAUGAGGCGAAGCUAAUUGAAUCGAUUACACAUGCAAAGAAGUACCUAUUGCCAUUUCGAGAGAGCUACCCCAAGGAAGUGCAACAAGCAUGUGGACUUCUUGCAUUUCCUCCUGGUACAAGGGCUAGUGGUUAUGGAGAACUAUACAGUUCAACCCGAUGGACAGAUUUAGCCACACUCUUCACAGAAACUCACAACACCCUUUUAUCCCUUCCAUCCGUCCCUCUACUACACAUCGCUCUCUCCGCGGGUCUGUCAGCUCUAAAAACACCAACUUGUCAUUCCUCCCAUAUUUCCUCCGUCUCUCCUGCUUCUACUACUGCAAACACUACAUCAGUCUGUCCUAUUUGUAGUAUCGAACUUAAUGAUCUCGCUCGCAAUAUGCCAUAUGCACAACAUACUAAAAGUCAUGUCGAAAGUGAUUUGGUGCUUCUUCCAAGUGGAUAUGUAUAUGGAGAACAUAGAUUGCAGGAACAUGGUAGGAAGAUGGGUUUGGCGGAGGGUUUAUAUAAGGAUUUGAGAACGGGAGAUGUUUAUAGGAAGGAGGAAACGAAGAAAGUUUACAUCUCUUGA